AUGCUUGCAACAGCAUCUGCUUCUACAAGCAACAUCUUACGUAACAUCACCGUAACAGUCAACGGAAGAAAGCUCGAAGCAAAGAAGGGCGAAACAAUCCUUGAACUUUGCGAUCGCAACAACAUCAGAAUUCCACGCCUUUGCUUCCAUCCAAAUCUCCCACCAAAGGCCUCCUGCCGUGUCUGCCUUGUCGAGUGCGACGGCAAGUGGCUCGCACCAGCCUGUGUUACAACAGUUUGGGAUGGCCUCAAGAUUGAUACAAAGUCAAAGAUGGUUAAGGAGUCCGUCGAGAACAAUCUUAAGGAACUUCUCGAUUGCCAUGAUGAAACAUGCUCAUCUUGCGUUGCUAACCACCGUUGCCAGUUCCGUGACAUGAAUGUUGCCUAUUCCAUCAAGGCAGAAACAAAGGAAGAAUGCUCCGAGGAAGGCAUCGAUGAAUCAACAAACUCAAUCCGCCUCGAUACAUCCAAGUGCGUUCUUUGCGGCAGAUGUAUCCGUGCUUGCGAAGAAGUUGCUGGCCAAUCAGCCAUUAUCUUUGGUAACCGUGCUAAGCACAUGAGAAUCCAGCCAACAUUCGGCCAAACACUCCAAGAUACUUCUUGCAUCAAAUGUGGUCAGUGUACAUUAUACUGCCCAGUCGGUGCUAUCACAGAGAAAUCCCAAGUUAAGCAGGCCCUUGAUAUCCUCUCCAACAAAGGAAAGAAGAUUUCCGUUAUUCAGGUUGCUCCAGCUGUCCGUGUUGCUCUUUCUGAAGCAUUUGGAUACAAGGAAGGCUCCGUUACAACAGGAAAAAUGGUUUCCGCUCUCAAGGCUCUUGGUUUCGACUAUGUUUAUGAUACAAAUUAUUCCGCCGAUCUUACAAUCGUUGAAGAAGCCGGUGAACUCGUUCAGCGCCUUAAAAAUCCAAACGCUGUCUUCCCAAUGUUCACAUCUUGCUGCCCUGCUUGGGUUAACUAUGUUGAACAAUCUGCUCCAGAUUUCAUUCCAAACUUAUCAUCCUGCCGCUCACCACAAGGCAUGUUAUCAUCUCUUGUUAAGAACUACCUUCCAAAGGUCCUCAACAUUCCAGUUGAAGAUGUUCUUAACUUCUCAAUCAUGCCAUGCACAGCUAAGAAGGAUGAAAUCGAACGUCCAGAACUCCGCACAAAGGACGGACACAAGGAAACAGACAUGGUUCUCACAGUCCGUGAACUUGUCGAGAUGAUCAAGCUCUCUGGAAUUGAUUUCAACAAUCUCCCAGAUACACCAUUCGACAGCAUCUUCGGUUUCGGUUCUGGUGCUGGUCAGAUCUUCGCUGCAACAGGCGGUGUCAUGGAAGCUGCUUCAAGAACAGCUUUCGAGGCUGUCACAGGCAAGAAGUUGACAAACGUCAACAUCUAUCCAGUCAGAGGUAUGGACGGAACAAGAAUCGCUGAACUCGAUCUCGAUGGCACAAAGCUUAAGAUCGCUGUUUGCCACGGUAUUGCCAACACAGCUAAGUUCCUUGACAGACUUCGCGCUAAGGAUCCACAACUUGCUGACCUCAAGUUCGUCGAAGUCAUGGCUUGCCCAGGUGGCUGCGUCUGCGGCGGUGGCACACCACAGCCAAAGAACAUGAUGUCUCUCGACAACAGACUUGCUGCUAUCUACAACAUCGAUGCUAAGAUGGAAUGCAGAAAGUCUCACGAGAACCCACUCAUCAAGGGAAUUUACAAGGAAUUCCUUGGUGAACCAAACGGCCACCUCGCCCACGAACUCCUUCACACACACUACAAGCAUCAUCCAAAGUUCUAA